GAUCAAUCACCCCCCAAUAACUCAAAAUGGCCAAGAUCUCCCGUGGUGCCCCCGGUGGCAAGCUCAAGAUGACCCUGGGUCUCCCAGUUGGUGCCAUCAUGAACUGCGCAGACAACUCCGGCGCACGAAACCUCUACAUCAUCUCCGUUAAGGGUAUUGGUGCCCGCCUGAACAGACUGCCUGCUGGCGGUGUCGGUGACAUGGUUAUGGCCACCGUCAAGAAGGGCAAGCCCGAGCUCCGCAAGAAGGUCCACCCCGCCGUCAUCGUCCGCCAGUCCAAACCCUGGAAGCGCACCGACGGUGUCUUCCUGUACUUCGAGGACAACGCUGGUGUUAUCGUCAACCCCAAGGGUGAGAUGAAGGGCUCUGCCAUCACCGGCCCCGUCGGAAAGGAGGCUGCCGAGCUGUGGCCCCGUAUUGCCUCCAACUCCGGUGUUGUGAUGUAAGCGGGUUUUCUUGGCGAUGGAUGUCGACGACGGUGGGAAGGGAGUAGCAUGCUAGGACCAGCUGCGGAAGUCGAAAAAAACUUGGUCAAGGGGUCGCGCACAAUGAGAGAAAGACGACGACACCCUCCCCCAAGACGAAUCCGAGACCUCCACAACAGAGUCGAGGCUCGGCGACCAGCGGGCUUGAUGGCAUGAUCGGGAAAUUUUGAAAAAAGAUACGGUCAGGCUUUGCAUUUUACUUUUUUUCGGCUGGCGUGUAACGGAGGUUCAUACCAAUGGCAUGAGAUUUACGGACCAAAGAGAAAAGUCGUUGCUGCUGCUGC